ACUACGAAUCCCAGAGAACCUCACCGCGCUUGCUAUGUCAAUAUGGCCACUGUCAGACAGACAAAGGCACAUCAAUCUCGCCACGAAAUGAAAUUAGCAGACUAGAGGAGGACGGCUGUCAUUGUGAAAACCUGGUGCCUGUUCCCGUGUCGGGGAUAUAGAAGAGGACUUGUCGCGAGGACCAACUAAACACCGGUUUAUUAAAUGCUGUGGUGGACGGGGGCCCUAGAUUCUAAGAUCAAGGAUGUCUCGGUAUACCGACGAGCCUCGUUUCACCAUUGAGCAGAUUGACCUGCUCCAGCGGCUGAGGAGGACUGGGAUGACCAAGCCAGAGCUCCUCCACGCCCUCGACAUCCUGGACAGACUGGAUCACCAGCACGGACACAAGUUCGGACACCGUCCCCAGCCCGCCUAUCAGGGGCCGACGCCCAAUUACAACACUAAUACAACAUCUUCUUCGGCGUCCUCAUCAACAUCCACGACCGCCACACAGACUGGUUACCUGGGGAAUGGGAGUGGAAGUGGCGGGAGUGGCCUGUCGCCGUCACCUAGCAACAACUAUGAUAUGUCACCGCCCCCUCCGGCGGUUGUAUCCGCCCCGGUUGCUAUGGCAGUGGUGGCGCAGAACGGGCGUGGGGUUGGUGGCGAUGAGCUGGUUGCCAUGACGAACGGGAAGUUGUCUCCACCACGGUUUCCUGACAGUGUAGGCGCGGUGAGUGGCGGCGUGACGGGGAGCGGCUACGGGUUUGAGGCCAGCGAGGAGGAACUAGACGUGGACGACAAAGUGGAGCAACUCCUGAGAAGGGACAGUGCCAUAAUCAAGGAGGAGAUCAAGGCAUUCCUGGGGAACAGGCGCAUCUCUCAGGCUGUGGUGGCUCAGGUCACAGGUAUCAGUCAGAGUCGUAUCUCCCACUGGCUGCUGCAGCAGGGCUCGGACCUUAGCGAACAGAAGAAGAGGGCCUUCUACCGCUGGUACCAGCUGGAGAAGACCACCCCUGGUGCAACUCUGAUGAUGCGACCCGCCCCCAUGGCUCUGGAGGACGUGUUGGAGUUGCGGCAGACUCCGCCUCCUAUAAGCUCCACCCCCGGGAGCUUCCGUCUGCGCAGAGGCAGUCGCUUUACCUGGAGGAAAGAAUGUCUGUCUGUGAUGGAGAGUUACUUCAAUGAGAACCAGUACCCCGAUGAAGCUAAAAGAGAGGAGAUCGCUAACGCCUGCAACGCUGUCAUCCAGAAGCCAGGGAAGAAGCUGUCUGAUCUGGAGAAGGUCACGUCUCUGAAGGUCUACAACUGGUUCGCCAACCGCCGCAAAGAGAUCAAGAGACGUGCCAACAUAGAAGCAGCAAUCCUUGAGAGCCAUGGGAUCGAAGUCCAGAGCCCUGGAGGACACUCCAACAGCGAUGAAAUCGACGGGAUGACUUCUCUGACCAGGGCUGUGAGGUUCCUCUGUUUGAGAAGAGAGCUGUGACCAGACCUUUCAGUCUCAGUCGACGAGACCUGUCCUCUCCCACACAGGUGCCCACCCUGCUGCCAAGCUGGCUGGCGGCUUGGCCCGGCUCGGGCAGGGGGGGCUUGGCCGCCCAGAGGGCCAGCUCUCUGAUUUGCCGCUCCUUGCUCUCGGGAGCGGGUCUCGCUCAGGGGGCAGUGACGGAAGGUUCCAGACUGACAGGUGUGUCCUGGUCUGCCCCCUCCCCCCCCUCCCUCCAGGACGACUCCUCCACCAAUCGCAGCAAUGCCCUGGAGCACCAGGACCCCAUCACUCUCGCAGUGGAGAUGGCGGCCGUCAAUCAUAGCAUCCUCGCCCUGGCCACGCAGGCGGGGGGAGGAUUGGCCCUGGGCGGGACAGGCAGUGACAUCAAGACCGAGGUGGUGGAGCCCAACUAGAGGAAGGGGGGGGGCUGUGGAUGAGCGGGAGGGAUGAGAGGGAGGGAAAGAUGUGUGUAUACAUGACAGUAUGAAAGAGGGAGGGAAAGGAGUGUGUACAUCACAGUAAGAAAGAGGGAGUGUAUACUACCGUUGAAAAGUUUGGGGUCACUUAGAAAUGUCCUUGUUUUUGAAAGAAAAGCA